CAAGAUCCGAAAAAUCAGAGAGAAUUUAAUCAUUGCACAAACAGACAGAAGAGUUAUGCAGACAAUCGAAGAAGAUCUUUAGAGUUUAAUGUGGGGGAUCAUGUAUUCCUAAAGGCAUCUCCGAUGAGAGGUGUUAUGCGAUUUGGAAAGCGUGGAAAACUGAGUCCCAGGUUCGUGGGACCGUUUGAAGUGUUAAAGAAAGUUGGCAGCAUGGCUUAUGAAAUUGCAUUACCUCCACAUUUAUCGGAAGUGCAUAAUGUCUUUCAUGUGUCCAUGUUAAGAAAAUAUGUUCAUUCCAACGAUCAUAUAAUAGAAUCCAUUCCACUAGAAUUUGGGAAGAACUUAACAUAUGAAGAGAUCCCACUUCGAAUUAUUGAUAGAAAAGAACAGAUUUUACGUCGACGAACUAUUAAGUAUGUUAAAGUUCAGUGGAGUAAUCAUUCUGAGAGGGAAUCAACGUGGGAACUUGAAGAUGAUAUGAAAAGCAAGUAUCCUUCACUCUUUGAAAGCUGAAUCAAGUUUGGGGACCAAACUUCUUUUAAGGAGGUAAGAUUGUAAAGUUAAGUUUUAAUUAAAAAAAAAAGUGGUUGAAAAUGGGCCACGUAGGUGGCAU